CAGUAUUCAAACGAUCAUCACGCGGGGAUUGCGAUUGUAGACAUGUUUAAUAUUCGUUUUAUUGUGAAGUGAAUCUCAAGACAUAGUAAUGGGUAGUCGCGUGCGUCUUUCAGACCACGUCUGGCUAAAGCCGGUGGGUACGUCAGAGUUUGACGUGCCCAUUGCUGUGAAUGUACAAAGACAGUCGGGCGACAAACUUGAAGUGAAGGACUACGAUGGCAACGUUUUCACGACUUCAGUUCAAAAUGUCCUCAAGCCGCUACACUCGACGUCAGUCACAGGCGUCGAAGAUAUGAUCACGCUUGGAGAACUCCAAGAGUAUACCAUCCUUCAUAAUCUUCAUAUGCGGUACACUAAGCAGCUAAUUUACACAUACACAGGAUCAAUGUUAAUAGCCAUAAACCCGUACGAGAUCCUACCUAUAUACACCAUGGACCAAAUCAAUUUCUACCAAGAGAGGAGUUUGGGAGAAAUACCGCCUCAUAUCUUCGCGAUAGGUGAUAACUCGUACAGAGAACUUUUGGACACUUCCUCUAACCAGUGUAUCGUCAUCAGUGGGGAAAGUGGUGCUGGCAAAACCGAGAGCACAAAGCUGUUAUUACAAUACUUAGCUGCAGCUAGUGGGAAACACUCCUGGAUCGAACAACAGAUUCAAGAAACAAACCCCAUUUUAGAAGCCUUCGGUAACGCUAAGACUGUGAGAAACGAUAAUUCGUCUAGAUUCGGAAAAUAUGUAAACAUUUACUUCAGCAGAAAGGGAAUCAUUGAAGGAGGAAAUAUAGAUCAAUAUCUUUUGGAGAAAUCAAGAAUUGUGUUCCAAAAUAAAGGGGAAAGGAACUACCAUAUUUUUUACUCGCUCGUUACUGGAUUAUCACCAGAUGAAAAGAAGAAGCUAGAUUUAGGUCGUCCUGAAGAUUACAAUUAUUUAAAUUCUGGAAAUAUGUUGAAAUGUGAAGGUCGAAACGACAGCUUGGAGUUUAACGAUAUAAGAUCCGCAUUUAAGGUUCUUAAUUUCCCUGAUAAUGAGGUAUGGGGAACGUUCAGUCUUCUAGCAGCCAUACUGCACUUGGGGAAUUUGAAAUUCAAGUCGUUUAACAUUAACAACAUCGAGUCUUCAGAAGUUACUGAUGCAAUUAAUGCUAAUAGGAUUGCCACUCUUUUGGGCGUCAACAAAGCAAAGCUGUGCGAAGCUUUAACAAGGAAAACGUUCGUUGCACAUGGGGAUAAGGUUGUUUCGCCACUAAACGUGUCGUCCGCAAUCGAAGGUAGAGAUGCGCUAGUAAAAGCCAUAUAUGGCCAUAUCUUUGAGUACAUAGUAACCAUGAUAAACAAAACACUACACAAAGAUCAACAACUUUCAAGUGGAUCGGUCGGAAUAUUAGAUAUUUUUGGAUUCGAAAACUUCGACUUCAACAGCUUCGAACAACUUUGCAUUAACUAUGCUAACGAGAACUUACAGCAGUUCUUUGUCAAGCACAUUUUUAAACUUGAACAAGAACAGUAUGAAAAAGAGGGUAUCACGUGGACAAAUAUAAAUUAUGUAGAUAAUCAAGAAAAUCUGGAUGUACUUGGACUGAAGCCGAUGAACAUUCUUUCGUUAAUUGAUGAAGAGUCAAGGUUUCCUAAAGGAACCGACAUUACUCUGUUGUCUAAGCUGAAUAGUAAUCAUGGAGCAAGGAACUGUUACAUAACUCCAAAAUCGUCUCAUGAGCACAAAUUCAGCAUCAGACAUUUUGCGGGAGAUGUGUCAUAUACAGUUCGAGGGUUUUUAGACAAAAAUAGGGACAUGCUAACAGCAGACGUCAAAGAAAUGAUGUUGGAUUCUAGUAACACAUUCUUGAAAAAUCUCUUUUCUACUGAAUAUGCGCCCACACAAAGUGGAAGCCGAAAAACUGUGUCAUUGAGCCAUCGAUUCAAGACAUCUCUCGACUCUCUGAUGAAGACGUUGUAUGCUUGCCAUCCAUUUUUCGUGCGAUGUAUCAAACCUAAUGAAUUCAAAAAACCAAGAAUUUUUGAUAAAGGCUUAUGUGUGCGACAACUCCGAUAUGCAGGAUUGAUGGAAACCGCAAAAAUAAGGCAAGCAGGAUACCCCAUCAGAUAUUCGUAUUCGGAAUUCGUUCAUCGCUAUCGUCUGGUUGUUCCCAACAUACCACCAGCUGAUAAAACGGAUUGCAAACAAGCUGCUAAGAUAAUAUGUAAUUCAGUAUUAACCGAUCAAGAAUAUCGUUUCGGUCACACUAAAGUUUUCCUGAAAGAUAGCCACGAUGCUAUUUUGGAAGACUUGAGACACAAAGUGUUGAUAACUGCUGUUAUUAAAGUGCAGACGAAUGCGAGGAGGUUUAUUUAUAGAAGGAGGUAUUUGAGGUUGCGUGCUGCGGCUCUGCUGAUACAGAAGACUUACCGUGCUCGUGGCUACAGGACCAGAUUCCUCAUCAUGAAACGAGGAUAUUACCGUUUACAAGCUACUAUAAGAUCCCGAGAGUUGCGCAAAACUUUUACAAAUAUGAAAGUAUUCUUCAGAAAGUUCCAAGCAAACUGCAAAGGUUACUUGAUAAGAAAGUUACUCAAAGAAAAGCGUCACAUUAUUGCUGCUUCAUUGAAGCAACUACGAAAAGAAAAGAAGAAUUAUGAAAAUACAGGUAAAAGUACUCACUCUGCUGAAGACGCUCAUGAAAAGAAGUAUAACGAAAUGAUGAAAUCAAUUUGGUUCGUGAAAGAAGUACCAGCAGAGAACACUGUUCAGAACACAUCGGUUAUUGAUGACAGAUACGUUGAUGACGUAUUUGGUUUCUUGAAAGAUUCAGCAACACCGGCGGGUACGGUGCGAGGUACAGGCUUCGGAGUGACCUCUACAGCCAAACCUCAAGCCUCAUCAGUCAUUCCAUUACAAGCACUAGAGCCUGAAGAUGAACCCUUCGACGAAUUGAACUUCAGAAAGUUUGCUGCCACUUACUUCUUAGGAAACACCACACACCAGUAUUCACGAAAGCCCUUGAAGCAUUCCCUUUUAGACCUUCCCUCACCGAUCGAUAGGAUGGCUGCACAAGCAUUAUGGAUAACUAUACUUAGAUUCAUGGGAGAUUUAGCAGAACCAAAAUACGUCGAUGAUAAAAACGAUAAUAUACCUAUAAUGACGAAACUGACCGAUACCAUUGGACGUGCUUUCCAAAAGAGUAAGGAGUUUGAAGAGUACCUGCAAAAAGAUAACGACAGCCAACAAAAUAGGUCAAAACUAAUUUCUAAGACCUUAAAACGACAAACUAAACUGAACGAAGAUUUGAUGAAGAAUUUACUCAAUGACGAGGUGACUAAUGACAUGUACAGCCACUGGCUUAACUCGAGACGAAGUACUAAUUUAGAAAAACUGCACUUUAUUAUUGGACAUGGAAUAAUCAGGAAGGAAUUGAGAGAUGAGAUAUUCUGCCAGCUAUGUAAGCAACUUACUAAUAAUCCAUCGAAAGCUUCGCAUGCCCGUGGAUGGAUUCUAAUGUCUCUCUGUGUGGGCUGUUUCCCGCCUUCCGAAAAACUAGUCAAGUAUCUACGAUCCUUUAUACGUUCUGGUCCACCUGGAUAUGCUCCCUAUUGUGAAGGUAGACUCGUAAGAACAUUCAAGAAUGGACCACGAACACAACCGCCAAGCUGGCUCGAAUUGCAAGCUACAAAGACUAAAAAACCCAUGUUACUCACCGUGACUUUAAUGGAUGAGUCCAUGAAAACAGUACAGUCAGAUUCAGCAUCAAAUGCCGAAGAGAUUUGCCAGCAAAUAGCAGAAAGUGUAGAGCUAGUCGACACGUUUGGUUUCUCAUUAUACAUUACCUUAUAUGAUAAAGUCCUGUCAUUAGGAAGUGAAGCUGAACACAUAAUGGACGCUAUUUCCCAAUGUGAACAAUUUGCUAAAGAACAGGGUACACCCGAGAAAAAUGCGCCUUGGAGACUGUUCUACAGAAAAGAAGUAUUUACCCCUUGGCAUAACCCUAUGGAUGACCCCGUCGCAACUAAUUUGAUAUAUUAUCAAAUAGCGAAGGGAGUGAAAUUUGGGGAAUACAGAUGUAACUCUGAAAAGGACUUAGCCAUGAUUGCUGCCCAGCAACAUUAUAUUGAAUUCGGUCCUCGUAUUGAUCCAAACAUUUUGAGAAAAGUUAUAGUAAACUACAUACCAAACCAAUUUCUUCAGUCGAACGAUGCAGCAAUAACGAAAUGGGAGCAUUUAGUUACCAAAGCAUUCGAUACGUCAACAAGCAUUCAAAACAAAAUAGAUACACUUAAAUGUAAGGAAGAUAUUGUUAUAUUUGCAAAACUAAAAUGGCCGAUGCUGUUCUCGAGAUUCUUCGAAGCUAUUAAACUAAAAGGAGACACGAUAAACAAAGAUAUAGUGAUCAUAGCUGUUAACUGGACUGGAAUUUAUAUUGUUGACCAGCUAGAACAAAUUCUGCUAGAAAUAUCAUAUCCUGAAGUCACAUAUGUGGCAUACAACGCUGACAAAGAUUAUGAUAGCGUUGGAAGGAUUACAAUAAGGACCAUACAACAAGAAGAAUUUGAGUUCCAAAGUGUAGAUGCCAGUGAAAUGAGUUCUCUAAUCAUAUACAUGAUUGAUGGAUUGAAGAGAAGAUCAGUUUAUGUAGUUGCUCAGUCUGAUUUACAAGGUUAUAGUGAUGCAUCGUCAUUCCUUCAAUUUAAGAAAGGUGAUCUUAUUCAACUUCAGCAGGACAAUACCGGAGAAUCAUUAAUGAAUGCAACAUGGGGACAUGGUCUUUGCAAUGGCCAAGAAGGCUUAUUCCCAACUGAACAAGUUUAUAUUUUGCCUACAUUAGAAUUGCCUUCGACUACCAUUCUUGAAGUAUUCAAGAAGGGUAACAUUAAUACUGAGAAGAAAACUUUCUCUCAAUACAAUACUAUUCAACGGAAGAGAAUGCAUACACUUGAAAAAUAUGCAAAAGAGCAUUUCAGAGACAACUACGAUAUCAAUGCUACAGUUUCAAGACAAGCGACGCUGACUACGGCUAAAAGGGCUAUUGCUGGUGAUUUAUGGGCUCAUUCUAGGGAACCGCUCCGAAAGCCAUUACUCAAGAAAUUGUUGGAUGACGAGCUGCAAUCGAAAACAGCAGUUUCAGCAUUCUUUGGGAUUCUUAAGUAUAUGGGAGAUAUGCCAGCUCCAAAGGCUCGCACUGUUACUGAAUAUACGGAUGAGAUAUUUAGCGUAGCUGCAACAGAUUCCGCCUUACGGGAUGAAGUUUACUGUCAGAUCAUGAAACAGUUGACAAAUAACAGGAUACAAUUGAGUGAGGAAAGAGGUUGGGAACUAAUGUGGCUUGUUACAGGCGUCUUCGUUUGUGGACAAACACUGUUCAAAGAGCUGGUCGAAUUCCUUAAGUCACGCCCACAUCCGAUCGCCAAGGAAUGCUUGAAGAGAGUUUUCAAAACACAAAAGAAGGGACCAAGAAUGUAUCCUCCUUAUGUAGUAGAGGUGGAAGCUAUUCAACACCGAAGUAUGCAAAUAUACCACAAAGUCUACUUCCCAGAUGAUACCGACGAAGCUUUUGAAGUAGAUUCUUCUACUAAGGCCAGAGAUUUAUGUGAACAAAUAACUGGAAGGCUCAAUCUUAAGAACAGUGACGGAUUCAGCUUGUUUGUGAAAAUUGUUGACAAGGUGUUCUCAGUGCCUGAAAAUUAUUACUUCUUCGACUUCAUUCACGAACUUGUAGAAUGGAUGAAGCAAACACGCCCCAUUCGAGGUGGCGGGUCACAAAUGCAAAUGAACUACCAAAUAUUCUUCAUGAAGAAACUAUGGAUUAACACAGUUCCCGGCAAAGAUAAGAAUGCGGAUCAGAUAUUCUACUUCCCUCAAGAGUUACCGAAAUACUUAAGAGGCUACCAUAAAACUUCCAAGCAGGACCUAGCAGAAUUAGCCGCAUUAAUUUAUAGAGCAAGAUACGGCAGCGAUCAAACUUUACUUGCACAAAUUACGACCAUGCUUGAAGAUUUCAUACCUUCAGACAUGAUAAGGAUCCAAAAUAACAAUCAAUGGAAAUCGGCAAUCAGCAUGACGUAUUUACAACAGGGAGCUAUGUCAGAAAAUGAUGCCAAAGAACAGUUCCUGAAGAAAAUUUACCAGUUACCAACAUUCGGUACUGCCUUCUUUGAGGUCAAGCAAACAUCUGACCCGACCUACCCAGAAAUGGUUGUGAUCGGAAUAAACAAAAAUGGUGUUAGUGUGAUUCAUCCUCAAAGUCGAGACGUUUUAGUAACGCAUCCAUUUUCUCAACUUUCAAACUGGUCAUCGGGUAACACUUUCUUCCACAUGACUAUGGGCAACUUCCUGCGAGGAACUAAAAUACUUUGCGAGACAUCACUGGGAUAUAAAAUGGAUGACCUGAUUUCUUCAUAUAUAGCAGUGUUAAGACAGUCUCUAAAUGCAAAAUCAAGAUCAUAGAAACUAAUAUUAUUGCUAUAAUUACUACUAAAUAAUAAAAGAUUGUAAUAAUAAAGAAUUAUACAUAAAUACCUACC